AUGUUGGGACAGGGCCCGCAGAAAGCCGAGCAAACCCUGGCGGUGCUGGGCCGGGAUCCCCGCGCCGGGGUCAGCCAGCGGCGGAAGAGCCAGCGGGCGUGGAAGUGCUGCCUCCACACGGCGCCGAAGAAUAAGAAAAGAAAGCGUACAGAAGAAGUGGAGAAGGCGUCAGAAGACCAGAAGUCGUCUGUCAUACAGGAACCUCCUAUCAAAGCAAAGAAAGCCAGAAAGAAGGAACUUUCAAAAGCAGAGAAAACAGUGGAAAACAGAGAGAGCGCUUUGGAGCGAGCGGAUGAAGAGGAGGAGCAAAAACUGUUUCAAAACAAAGUGAAGAAAAAAAAAGCUGCUUCUCAUGCCAUCACCAAAAGUGUUGUUAAUUCAGACACAGGCACCACUGUCAAACAACAAAAGAAAAAAAAGGUGGCGGAUGAAACGGUAGACAGAAGAACAGUGUUUGUUGGAAACUUACCUGUCAGCUGUACUGUUCAGGUGCUGAAAUCUCUUUUUAAAGAGUAUGGACAAAUAAAAUCCAUUCGAUUCCGGUCUUUGGUUCCAGCAGAAGACACUGUAUCCAGGAAGUUAGCAGCAAUAAAGCGUAAGGUGCACCCUAAUGCGAAGUUUGUUAAUGCUUAUGUUGUAUUUAAGAACGAAUGCGAUGCCAUUAAGGCUCUAAAUGAAAAUGGAACAGAAAUUGCUAGUGGAUUUCACAUCAGAGUUGACAUUGCAUCAAAAAGCAGUUCACAUGACAAUAAACGAUCUGUAUUCUUGGGAAAUCUGUCAUAUGACAUCAGCGAUGAUGCUGUGCGAGAACACUUUUCUGUCUGUGGAGGUGUAGUAGCAGUGCGAAUUGUGAGAGACAGGCAGACCGGCUUGGGUAAAGGCUUCGGCUACGUUCUCUUUGAGGAUAUGGAUGCUGUGUAUCUAGCUCUGAGACUCAAUGACUCUGUUCUGGAGGGAAGAAAGAUACGAGUGAAGCGGUGUGGAGAGAAGUGGAAAGCACCACAGAAAAGUCCAGCUCAGUCCCGUGCCCUUAAAGAGAGAGCUGAUACUGCGUUAAAAAACAAGAGGUGCUCUAAUGAGUCAUUUGUUGGUGAAAAAGCAAACCCGUUAAAGAAGAGCACUAAACCAAAAAGACUAAAAACCACUCCCAGAAAUAAAGCUGGGAAGAGCAAACAGCCGUUUGAUAAAAAUCAAAGGUACAAAAGCGUUGGUUACUGUUACAAAGACUGA